AGAAAGGCAAUUGUAGUGCACCCACUGGUCUUACUCUCAGCCACGGAUCAUUACAGAAGAAUGGACCAGCCAAGAGUUGUUGGUACUUUAUUGGGGAAGGUGGAAAAUGGAGUUGUCCAUGUGACAAAUUCAUACGCCGUGCCAUUUGAUGAGCUAGAGGACAAUCCGAAUGUAUGGUUCUUUGACACGUCUUAUAAUGAGAAUAUGUAUAAGCUGUUCAAUAAGUAAAUAAUAUGGAAUCUAUCAUUGGGUGGUACCACACAGGAGAACACUUGCAUAAAAAUGAUUUACAAAUUACACAGACAUUCCGGAGUUAUUGCAAAGACCCAAUCCUGGCAGUGAUUAAUGUAGAGAAUGCGCAUGAAGGGAGUCCUGUUAAGUGCUAUAAAUUAGAAAGGGAGAGUACAACAAAUAAUGAAUCGACACAGUUCGUGUUUGCACAUGUCCCGUUUGAAAUAGAGGCAGAAGAAGCCGAGGAAGUGGGUGUUGAACAAUUAGUAGAGGAAAUAAAAGAUAUAAACAUUGGAGAUGUAGAGAAUAAAAUAUGCCGAAUAAAACAGGCACUGGCAGAACUGUCAAAUGGACUCAGUACAAUAGAAGAGUACUUGCAGGCAGUUGAAAAUGGAGACAGACCGUACGACCCAGAAACAAUGAACUCAAUACAAGAGUUAAUGAAUAAUAUCCCCAGAAGAAUCCCAGGAGAAAUGAAAGAGUACCUCGAUGAAUUAGACAUAAACAGCUUUAUAUGUGCAACUGUUAGACCAGUUGUGCUCCUAAAUGAGAUUGAAAAGAGUAAAUAAAUGUG